AUGCCUUCGCUUUUCAAAGUUGGCCUGGCUACUUUGGCCGCCCUUGUCAUUCAUGUCGCUGCUGAUAUCAUUGGUCCCAUUGACAUUGGGCCAUACAAAGGCAUCACUUUGACGAUCUCGAAGGAUAACACGAUCAACUCCACCAAUCCGAUCAAUUUUGUUGGUGGCAGUACCACUCGCUCAGAAAUUGAAAGUAUUGGCAGUCUUCGUAACCGGGGUGUGCUGGAAGAGCGUCACAGCCAGGGUGUCGUUUUCAAUUUCAACAACUUUCCGUUCGGGGCCUCAACCACGAUCAAUGCUUACAUCUCUGGUAUCAGACGGAGCGAUGGUGCAAUGGUCUUCGUGGACAAGAAUGGAAACUGGUACAUUCCGAAAGCGACUCCCAACCAGCAAACUGCUAUCCCCACGAACAGCAUUACCAUUCCUGUUCCAACCAAUAGCAAGGGAGCUGGAUUCAACGUCACCCUACCUGGUGCAAUCGCGGGAAGCAGAGUCAGCUAUGUCGUAAACGGAACUUUGGCCUUCUUCACGAAUGGCGGUUCCAAUGGAGUUGCAUCCAUAGUGAUGCCAUCUCCCAGCGCUUCUGGCGACCAAAGCUACAACUACUUUUGGGGUUUCUCUGAAUUCACUUUCAACGGAGGUGGAGAUUUGUACAUGAACCCGAGCGCCGUUGACUUCGCAGGCUGCCCAAAUACCUUUCUGAUCUAUAACACUACGGGAAACAAGGACGGCCAGCCUUGGGACAAACUAACCGUUAAGAACAACAAGGGGCAACUCGUUCGUGUUCUCUCACCAAACACUUACCGUGGUUUCGAUAACAAGAACGGCAACGCCUUCAAUGGCUACUAUGAGCCUUACGUCAACCAAGUCUACUCGAAGUACACGAACGGAAACAACCUCUUGCUGUACACCAAUGCCGGGACUUCUAGCUACAGUGUAACCAACAACCAAUUGAACUGCUACGGAGACAACCAAGGAUAUCCCAAGCCCUUAACAGCCGAUAUCUUCUCCUGCAACACCGGUCCAUUCGGAAACAUCACCCAGUACAACAACCAGCAUCAGCAAAACGUCCCAGUCCUCUGUUCAGCUUUCGUUCGCUCCAUGCUUCUCGUCAGCGGCAGCCAACCAGCAGGUCCAGUCCGCCAGUACUACCAGAACACGCCCACCGACUGGUAUUCAUACUACGCACACAACGCAAGCUUUAGCGGCAUCGGCUAUGCUUUCCAGUUUGACGACACCAAUGCUGCAGGUACUGCGGACCAGUCGGGUACUGUACACGCACAGAAUGCUGCCUUGGACACGCUGCUGAUUGGCGGUUUUGGCUGGGGUGGUUAUGCUCCUGGCCAGUAUGCCUAG